AUGUUCAACCUGAUGAAGAAGGAUAAAGAGAAGGAUGGGGCCCGAAAGGAGAAGAAGGAAAAGAAGGAGAAGAAGGAGCGGAUGUCAGCAGCCGAGCUCAAGAGCCUGGAGGAGAUGAGCAUGCGCCGGGGCUUCUUCAACCUCAACCGUGCCUCCAAGAGGGACUCCAAGACCCGUCUGGAGAUCUCCAACCCCAUCCCCAUCAAGGUGGCCAGUGGCUCAGACCUGCAUCUCACGGACAUCGACUCCGACAGCAACCGGGGCAGCGUCAUCUUGGACUCAGGCCACCUGAGCACGGCCAGCUCCAGCGACGACCUCAAGGUGGACGAUGCCAAUUUCAAGGGCUCAGUGCUGCAGCGGGCGGCCAAGUUCGGCUCGUUGGCCAAGCAGAACUCCCAAAUGAUCGUCAAACGCUUCUCCUUCUCCCAAAAGAGCCGGGAUGAGAGCACCUCGGAGACAUCCACCCCCUCCGAGCACUCGGCAGCCCCCUCCCCGCAGGUGGAGGUGCGCACACUGGAGACCCAGCUUGCCAAGCAAGGGGUCCCCCCGGGACAUCCCCGCACCCCUCCCGCCGCCUCCCUGCGUGCCAGGGUGCCGGAGCUCGUCGGCAAGAGGUUCCCCGCUGAGCUGCGGCUGCCCGCCGUGGUGCCCCCGCAGCCCCCUGCCCCGCGGCAGCUGGAGCUGCAGAGACGUAACACUGGUGAUUUUGGCUUUUCCCUACGCCGCACCACCAUGCUGGACCGGGCGCCUGAUGGGCAGGUGUACCGGCGCGUUGUGCACUUUGCCGAACCUGGAGCUGGCACCAAAGACUUGGCAUUGGGGUUGGUGCCGGGUGACCGGCUAGUGGAGAUCAACGGGCGAAACGUGGAGAACAAAUCCCGGGAUGAGAUUGUAGAGAUGAUCCGGCAGUCGGGAGAGACGGUGCAGCUGAAGGUGCAGCACAUCCUGGAGCUGAGCGAGCUGAGCCGCUGCUGGCUGCGGGGCGGCCAGGGGACGCGUCGCGCUGCCUGGGAUGCCAAGACGGAGGAGCAGAUAGCGGCUGAGGAGGCCUGGUACGAGACCGAAAAGGUGUGGCUGGUGCACAGGGAUGGCUUCUCCUUGGGCAGCCAACUGCGGCCGGAGGAGGGCAGCCCCCUGCCCGAGGGCAAGGUGAAGGUGAAACUGGACCACGAUGGAACCAUCCUGGAGGUGGAGGAGGACGAUGUGGAGAAGGCGAACCCCCCCUCCUGCGACCGCGCGGCGGGCCUCGCCAGCCUCCUCUACCUCAACGAGUCCAGUGUGCUGCACACGCUGCGGCAGCGCUACGGUGGCAACCUCCUGCACACCUACGCCGGUCCCACCAUGGUCAUCAUCAACCCGCUGAGCUCCCCUUCCAUGUACUCUGAGAAGGUGACCCUGUUGCCGGGGGGGCGGGGGGCGGAGAAAUGGCAGGCUCUCUACACCAUCCUGGAGGCUUUUGGCAAUAGCAGCACCGGCAUGAACGGCAACGCCACCCGCUUCUCCCAGAUCAUCUCUCUGGACUUCGACCAGGCUGGGCAGGUGGCAUCCGCCUCCGUACAGACGCUGCUCCUGGAGAAGCUGCGUGUCGCCCAGCGCCCAGCCAACGAAGCCACCUUCAACGUCUUCUACUACCUGCUGGCCUGCUCCGACAGUGCCCUGCGGACUGAGCUUCACUUCAACCACCUGGCUGAGAACAACGUCUUCGGCAUCACCCCUCUCUCCAAGCCGGAGGAAAAGCAGAAGGCGACCCAGCAGUUCAACAAGCUCCAGGCUGCCAUGAAGGUGAUGGGCAUCUCCAGUGAUGAGCAGAAAGCCUUCUGGCUCAUCCUGGGGGCCAUUUAUCAUCUGGGGGCCGCCGGGGCCACAAAAGACGCCGACGAAGCCGGGAGGAAGCAGUUUGCACGCCACGAGUGGGCUCAGAAAGCCGCCUACCUGCUGGGCUGCAGCCUGGAGGAGCUCUCCUCCUCCAUCUUCAAGCACCAGCCCAAGGGCACCCUGCAGCGAUCCACCUCCUUCCGUCAGGGCCCCGACGACCCUCCCCUGGGCGAUGGUGGCACAGGUCCCAAGCUGACAGCGCUGGAGUGCCUGGAGGGCAUGGCGGCUGGCUUGUACUCUCAGCUCUUCACCCUCCUCAUCUCCCUCCUCAACAGGGCGCUGAAGUCGAGCCAGCACUCGGUGUGCUCGGUGACGGUGGUGGACACCCCCGGGGCGCAAAACCCCGAGCUGGCGGGGCAGAGCCGGGGGGGCACCUUCGAGGAGCUCUGCCACAACUACGCCCAGGAGCGCCUGCAGCUCCUUUUCCACCAGCGCACCUUCGCCCGCGAAUUGGAACGCUACAAGGAGGAGAAUAUAGAGCUUGCCCUGGCUGACGCCGAGCCCGGCUCCUCUGACUCUGUAGCCGCUGUAGACCAGUCCUCGCACCAGGCACUGGUCCGGUCGCUGGCCCGCACGGACGAGGCACGGGGGCUGCUGUGGCUGCUGGAGGAGGAAGCGCUGCAGCCGGGUGGCAAUGAGGACACCUUACUGGAGCGGCUUUUCUCCUACUAUGGCCCCCAGGAAGGAGGCAAGAAAGGGCACAACCCGCUGCUCCCCAGUGACAAGCCCCGACACUUCCUCCUGGGUCACAGCUCAGGGACCAACUGGGUGGAGUACGAUGCCACGGGCUGGCUCAACCACGUUAAGCACAACCCAGCCUCCCAAAACGCCUCCGUCCUGCUGCAGGAGUCGCAGAAGAAGGUCAUCAGCAGCCUGUUUGCCGGCCGCGGCGGGUCGGCACUGGUGCUGUCGGGCUCGGUGGCGGGGCUGGAGGGGGGCUCCCAGCUGGCCCUGCGCCGUGCCUCCAGCAUGCGCAAGACCUUCACAACCGGCGUGGCUGCCGUCAAGAAGAAGUCCCUCUGCAUCCAGAUCAAGCUGCAAGUGGACGCCCUCAUUGACAGCAUCAAGAAGUCCAAGCUCCACUUCGUGCACUGCUUCCUGCCCAAGGCGGCGGGGGGCGGUGGGGACCCCCGGGCUUUGCCGUGCCGGCGGGUGAGCGGCAGCGAGCUGGAGCUGCCGGCGGAGCACUGCGAGGCCGGGCUCAUGCAGCUGGACGUGCCCCUCUUGCGUGCCCAGCUCCGCGGUUCCCGCUUGCUCGACGCCCUCCGCAUGUACCGCCAAGGGUACCCCGACCACAUGGUGUUUGCGGAGUUCAGGCGGCGCUUUGACGUCCUGGCCCCGCACCUGACCAAGAAGCACGGGCGCAACUACAUCGUGGUGGAUGAGAAGCGGGCGGUGGAGGAGCUCCUGGAGUCGCUGGACCUGGAGAAGAGCAGCUACCACAUGGGCUUGAGCCGGAUCCAGGAUUUGGCCAUCCGGUGCGUGCAGAAGAACAUCAAGAAGAACAAGGGGGUGAAGGGCUGGCCCUGGUGGAAGCUCUUCACCACUGUGCGGCCCCUCAUCGAGGUGCAGCUCACCGAGGACCAGAUCCGUGGCAAAGACGAAGAGAUCCAACAGCUGAAGAGCAAACUCGAGAAGGUGGAGAAGGAGCGUAACGAGCUCCGGCUUAACAGCGACCGCCUGGAGAGCAGGAUCACAGAGCUGACAUCAGAGCUGACAGACGAGCGAAACACCGGUGAGUCGGCCUCGCAGCUGCUGGACGCCGAGACAGCCGAGAGGCUGCGGGCCGAGAAGGAGAUGAAGGACCUGCAGGCCAAGUAUGAUGCUCUGAAGAAGCAGAUGGAGUCGAUGGAGAUGGAGGUGAUGGAGGCUCGGCUCAUCCGUGCGGCUGAGCUCAACGGGGAGCUCGACGAUGAUGAUUCAGGCGGCGAAUGGCGGCUGAAAUACGAGCGGGCGGUGCGGGAGAUCGACUUCACCAAGAAACGGUUGCAGCAGGAGCUGGAGGACAAGCUGGAGGUGGAGCAGCAGAGCAAGAGGCAGCUGGAGCGGAGGCUGACGGACCUGCAGGCAGACAGCGAGGAGAGCCAGCGGGCACUGCAGCAGCUGAAGAAGAAGUGCCAGCGCCUGGCCGCAGAGCUGCAGGACACCAAGCUGCACCUCGAGGGCCAACAAGGACGUAACCAUGACCUGGAGAAGAAGCAGCGGAGGUUCGACAGCGAGCUCUCGCAGGCGCAUGAGGAGGCGCAGCGGGAGAGGCUGCAGCGGGAGAAGCUGAGCCGCGAGAAGGACGUGCUGGUGGCCGAGGUCUUCGGCCUCAAGCAGCUGCUGGAGGACAAGGACUCGGACAUUGCGGGGCUGACGCAGAAGGCAGAGGCGCUGGAGGCCGAGCUGCAGGACAUCUCCUCCCAGGAGUCGAAAGACGAGGCUUCCCUGGCUAAGGUGAAGAAGCAGCUGAGGGACCUGGAGGCGAAGGUCAAAGACCAGGAGGAGGAACUGGACGAGCAGGCUGGGACCAUCCAGAUGCUGGAGCAGGCCAAGCUGCGGCUGGAGAUGGAGAUGGAGCGGCUGCGGCAGACCCACGCCAAGGAGGUGGAGAGCCGCGACGAGGAGGUGGAGGAGAUUCGGCAGUCAUGCCAGAAGAAGCUGAAGCAGAUGGAGGUGCAGCUGGAGGAGGAGUAUGAGGACAAGCAGAAAGUGCUGAGAGAGAAACGGGAGUUGGAGAGCAAGUUAUCCGCCGUCAGCGAGCAGGCCAACCAGCGGGACUUCGAGACGGAAAAGCGCCUGCGCCGGGACCUGAAGAGGACAAAGGCACUGCUGGCCGAUGCGCAGAUCAUGCUGGACCACCUGAAGAACAAUGCGCCCAGCAAGAGGGAGAUCGCCCAGCUCAAGAACCAGCUGGAGGAGUCGGAGUUCACCUGUGCAGCCGCUGUCAAGGCCCGCAAGUCGAUGGAGGUGGAGAUUGAAGACCUCCACCUGCAGAUCGACGACCUUGCCAAGGCCAAGGGAGCACUGGAGGAGCAGCUGAGCCGGCUGCAGCGGGAGAAGAACGAGGUGCAGAGUCGGCUGGAAGAGGACCAGGAGGACAUGAAUGAGCUGAUGAAGAAGCACAAGGCAGCUGUGGCCCAGGCAUCCCGGGACCUGGCGCAGAUGAAUGACCUCCAGGCGCAGCUGGAGGAGGUCAGCAAGGAGAAGCAGGAGCUGCAGGAGAAGCUGCAAGGCCUGCAGAGCCAGCUGGAGUUCCUGGAGCAAUCCAUGGUGGACAAGUCGCUGGUGAGCCGGCAAGAGGCCAAGAUCCGCGAGCUGGAGUCCAGGCUGGAGUUCGAGCGGACGCAAGUCAAGCGCCUGGAGAGCCUGGCCACGCGGCUGAAGGAGAAGGAGAAGCUGACGGGGGACCGGGAUCAGCGAGCGGCUGCUGAGAACCGAGAGAAGGAGCAGAACAAGCGGCUGCAGCGGCAGCUCCGCGACGUCAAGGAGGAGAUGGGCGAGCUGGCCAAGAAGGAGGCAGAGGCCAGCCGCAAAAAGCACGAGCUGGAGAUGGACCUGGAGAGCCUGGAAGCUGCCAACCAGAGCCUGCAGUCGGACCUGAAGCUGGCCUUUAAGCGCAUCGGGGACCUGCAGGCGGCCAUCGAGGAUGAGAUGGAGAGCGACAGCAAUGAGGACCUCAUCAACAGUGACGGCGACUCGGAUGUGGACUCGGAGCUGGAGGAGCGCGUGGACGGGGUGAAGUCCUGGCUCUCCAAGAACAAAGGCUCUUCCAAAGCACUCUCGGAUGACGGCAGCCUGAAGGGCAGCAGGUGAGUGAGGAGCUGCCUGGCAGAGGACGGGGUGGGCUGUGCCGGGGGACAACCGGCGUGUGGGGUGGGCAUUCAUGGGAUGUGGCACUCUGUGCUUGUGUGGCUGGUCAGGGAAGGGUUAAUACUGGUGAGUGGCUCAGUCUCCACCGGGGACACAUGUCCCCC